ACAAUACCAAUUGAUUAUCACCUUUCCAUUACAUUUACAGGUACAAGGAGAAGAUACAAGUUUUGAUCCGAAGUUAAAACUUCGAAGUUCGUUUCUUUUUUUCUUUUUGGCAGAAAGAGGUAGCCAUGGCUAAAAUCAACCACAUACUAGUAGUUUUAGUAAGUGUAUUGGUAGUGUCAAACUGGGUGCCAGUCUCUCUCUCUGCCAAGAAGCCUGAUUUGAGUGCAAGAAAAGAGGACAUACCGUACAUUAAAUGCCAAGUCUGUGAAAAGGUGGCAAAGGAGUUGUACCAGCAAGUAGAAAAGAAGCAGGCUCAGAUCUCACCUAAAAAGAUCUCAGAGUAUCAAAUUAUUGAGACUGCGGAGAACCUUUGCAAUUUGAAGAAAGAGGAAGCAGAUUGGAUUAUGAAGAUUGAUAUAGUGGAGGCAGGGGAUAAGUUAGAGCUGGUAGAACAAGAUGUUGAAGGUCAAUGUAAUACAGAAUGCAAGACAAUAGAGCGGGCUUGUCAAGAGGUCAUGGGGUAUUAUGAUACUGAUAUUGCUGAAUACAUCUUUAGUUCUAAGCCCAGUAUUGAUUCAUUGGUAAACUAUUUCUGCAACGACCUGACUAAGGCAUGCAUUAAGAAGCCACCUCCAGUUCCUAAGGAUAGAACUCCUGGAGAACCAUUUGUGCCCAAACCAUCUAAAGAGGCUGAAAUGGAGAGGAUUUUAAGAUCCAUGGAGGGUAUGCCAGGAGCACCAAACAUGCAAAUGUAUUCAAGGGAAGAUUUGAUGAACAUGAAAAAUUUUGGUAACGAAGAUGCUGAUGAUGAUGAAGAUGAGGAUGACGAAUCACAAUUCCCUUCAAAAUUGUCAAAAGUUCUGAGGGAAAAAGAGAGUGGAAAAGAUGACUGGCAACAGAAGGUCACCAAAGGUAUCAAAACAUCGGUUGAGACAUUGAAAAGGCAUGCGGACAAGGUCUCCAAUAGGUUAAGGCGGUGGUGGAAAGAAAUAAAAGCAUCAGGCACAAAAAAUUCAAAGGCCACCAAGGCAGAGCUUUAGGACUCUGUUUAUAGGGGCAUUGUGGUAAAGAUGGCAGCUUUCUUCCCAUUUUUGUUCAGUCGUAAUGCGAUGUGCUAGGCUUAGUUAGGUUAACAAAAAAUGAGGGAAUAGUUCGUAAGUACCUGAGCAGAAAUCAAGUUCUGUAAUUUAACAUUGUAUUUUUCUCACUAGAAUAAAAUUAAUCAGAAUGACCAACAUGGAUGGAGGCAUGUUUAAUGUUUUA